UCUUCUGUAGUCAGGCACUUCACCGCGCCCUUGCGCCACUUUGACAGGGAAGCACGAGCAACUGAACGUCAGUUCUACUCUUCAACCCCCCUCCCAUCCGUAUAUUGUCCAGAUGCGCCAAUGCCAGUAUGUACGAACUGUGCAGCGCCAGCAGAUCAUCUCUAUACGACCUACAGGACGGCAUCAAACAUCAGAUUGACGGUCUGUAAUCGAUGUAAUCGGUUUGCGGACCCUCUGAUCGAGCACCCUUCGCUUAUUCUCCUGCUCGACUUGAUCUUGCUCAAACCUCGAGUAUUCCUUCAUCUUCUAUUCAACCGAGGUUCUGCCCCGUUCGAAGCGGGUCAUUCGAGUCAACCUCGAUCAAAGCGUCCGACUGAUGUCUCCUCGCCUGAGCGUCAAGCGACUCAACGCAGUGUCCAGCUGUGGGCGACUGAACUUUGGUUGGGGAGCAUCAUCAUCGCUGCGGAAACUCUCCUCAAUGUCUUGUCGACUCUAAGGGCUGUCUCUCAAAACGAUCAUGGUCCGCUCUCACUAUUGAAUCGAGAGACAACUUCCUUGAUCUUCAUUGCGGCAUCAGGGGUUAUUGUGGAGAUUCUAGCUCAGCACUUGACCACUGUCGCGCUGACAUUGCUUUGUCUCGCUUGGAGAGGAUGGUAUCCUACCAGAGGGAAGAUGUCUAACGAUGGACGCCGAGACAAUUUCCAACCCAUCCUCGUCUCUCUCACGCUGUGCUAUACUGCCGUCCUGCCUCUUCUCCUCCAGCUCUUCCUGUCUAUUUGGUACAACCCUUCGUCGCAUCAUGAAUAUCUACCGACCGCAUCUCCACCCGCUCUUCUCCUCCCAACCUUCAUCAGGACCAUCGAACAGCUUGUCCAAUCUCAAAUGCCGUCAUCAUCCGUUGACGCAUGGUCUCGUUUCAUACUACCUGCUCUGACGUACGUGGGAGAAGUCGAACAAGCUCUUCUGGAUCUAUGGUACGCCUCCGACAGGAUCUGGAUCGGAACUCGCCUGCUAGGCGGAAUGAGCGCAGGCUUUGGAUUACGGGUCUUACUUCCUACAAGUCCGUUGGAAACGACUGGGGUGGUAUUGGCAGGUUGGACUGCAGGGGAUCUGGGAAGGCGUCUAUUAGGACUGGAGAGGCGGAUCUGAUUCCACCGGAAGCUUGACUCGAAUUAAGGGCAUAUUGCAAGAUGCA